UAGCACCUCCCACGUCCUAUAUGCGAGAGAGAGGCAGAGAGAGGAAGAGAGAGAGUCUGCUGGUGGUGUUUGGAAAUCGGACGACAUGAGCGCUACAUGAACCGUGUAAAAUGCUUUAAGACGCUUUCGGCGUUUGUCUUACAUCCGUCUGAACCGAGGACGAGCCUGAAGCGGAGCUAUACUUCACGACCAGGUGUAACGCUAUCUUUAGCCUGAGGGGGGCAGAAUGCCGGAGCAGAGCAACGACUAUCGUGUGGUGGUGUUCGGGGCGGGAGGGGUGGGGAAGAGCUCCCUGGUCCUGCGCUUCGUGAAAGGCACCUUCAGGGACACCUACAUCCCCACGGUGGAGGACACCUACCGCCAGGUGAUCAGCUGCGAUAAGAGCGUGUGUACCCUCCAGAUCACGGACACCACGGGGAGCCACCAGUUCCCCGCCAUGCAGCGCCUGUCCAUCUCUAAAGGCCACGCCUUCAUCCUGGUGUACUCCAUCACCAGCAAGCAGUCCCUGGAGGAGCUCAAACCCAUUUACCAACAGGUGUUGGCCAUAAAGGGAAACGUUGAGGCCAUCCCCAUCAUGCUCGUGGGGAACAAGAGCGAUGAGACCCUUCGGGAGGUGGAGACCAAGGACGGAGAAGCCCAGGCCAACCAGUGGAAGUGCGCCUUCAUGGAGACGUCGGCCAAAACCAACCACAACGUCACGGAGCUCUUCCAGGAGCUCCUCAACCUGGACAAGAAGAGGAACAUGAGCCUCAACAUCGACGGAAAGCGCUCGGGGAAGCAGUCCCGCGCCGAGAGACUGAAGGGAAAAUGCAGCGUGAUGUAAAUGGAGGAGGUGGAGGUGGAGACAGGUGGGGAAGAAAUACAGAGAAAAGGAAGUAGAGAGAGAGAGAGGAAGGACUCACUAAACGUAUCCUCGGAGCAAAAUGUUACGAAGGUGUAACGGAAAUCUCAUCAUUCACCUCUGUUUGACCCAACACAGCUUUCAGUUUGGAUCUUUACAUCAAUGUGCAUUCUGUGGAAAGGAGAAAUGAGCGCAGAAUAUCAAGAGGCACAUUUAAAACAAGAAGUACAUGUAGCAUCAUCCAAGCGGUCACAAAACCUGGCUGUGGGUCUCCGCAAGACCUUGGACUGCAAUGACUACAAGAGACUGCAGCAGCAACAACAAAAAGACUGAAGGUUUCUAAAGUUAUCCAACACAAAUGUUGUCCUCUCUCACUUCUUCACCUAAGCCCGUCCUCCCUACUCAGCUCACACCGCUCGUCACCCCUCACAUACCCCCGACUAUAACAAAUAGACGUAAUGUAAUUGUAACAGAGUCGAUACACUUAGUUAAACUCACUGUUCUUGUGGAAACUCCAUAUGACGAGCUCAAGGUGUCUGUCGUGCCGGAAAAGUACAGGUGUGAUACUGUUAGCAUGAAUGACAUUAGCGCACCCAGCUACAUCCCAGAGCAACUCCUGAGGACUCACACGGGAUAUUUAAAUAUAUUCCAUCUAACACGCCCUGCACAUUAGUAACAAGUCAAAGGGUGAGGUUUGAAGCAUUAACGCUUAAUCUCCUCAUCCUCAGCCUCUCUCCAGAAACAUUCAAAAAAGACCCUUAUUAUUUAUCAAGAAGUCAUUCUACUAAAAACUCAUCCGCAAACUCUCUAAAUGUCCUCAUCUGAAGUGGAGGAGCUUCCAGCGGGUAGGCACGUACACGCUACUGACACGACGCAACAAUCCUUUUAAGACUUUCAUUUAGUACAGAAAAGCUCUGGAGGAAAAGAAGCUGGACACUCGAAACAGAAAAUCAAAUCUGCCUUGUCUACGAGGAUGAUACACUCGGAUAAUCAUUGCCGAGACGAAGAGGAAGGUUUUCGGUCCUGAGGUCAAGAAUGUCAGUUUACUUUGGCCCCUUCCACGUGAAGGUGUCUCUUCUUUUGCCUUUUUUAUUCUUGUUUGCUAUCUUUAUGAAGCUUUAUAUCGUCAUGUAAGAGUCAGAAAAGCCCUCCUUAAACAAAAAAGCACACAGAUAAUUAAAUAAAUAAGGGAUACAUGUAAAAUGGUUGCAUACAGAUUAUUUAAUGUGACCUGAAUCACUAAUUCUGUUUCCUCUUUGGUUGUUUUGGUCACAUUACCUCUCACAAGCAGGCGUCGGUAAACAGGAAACAGAAUGAGUCACACACACAUACACACACAUACACACACACACACACACACACAUACAGACACAGCAUGCGCACAAAUGCAUUCAUGCAAGUGUCAAAAAAAGUCAAUCUGAGUAUCACUGUCUGACUACAUGAAGACAAACGGCGCUCAGCCUCAAUGCCCUCACAUUGCACUUUAUAUCAUAAACACACACACACAUGCACACACACACACACACGACUGUAAUUGUUCAUGUUGUUGCCUGUUAUGUUUAAAGGAUCUCCGCUUAACUCAGAAUAUCCUCGUGGAGCUCUGCUGUAUGUCCAAAGUGCAUGUUUAAACCUUUUGUUCCUACGCAGGAGCUCUGAAUAUUGUACACGGUAUACACGGGACUGCCAAAAGCACAAUACUUUUUUAACUGCAUAUCUUUUAUCGUUUCUUUUUGUAUUUCCUUUUUGUACGUUUUUCUUCCUUUUAUCUGUGUGAUUUUCAUCUUGAACAUGCAUCUGAACACGGAGGAAACAGUCACGAUCACCGGUAUAAGUGUUGUUAUGUGUCCGGUACAUGGCACAAUGAGGUUCUGCUGAACAACAGGGUUUCAUGAUGUGACCGUUAGCUGCGGUAAAGAUGUGACGUAACCACACAGAAUUGUAGGUCGAGUAGGACUCAGACGGGGGACAGAUUAUUUGCCUACUUUUCUCCGUCUCUAAGGCGGUUUGAACAACAAUUUGAGUGGAGGAUAAUCUGCUCUUGUUUUGUUAAACCCAAAGACGCAGAUUAUGCCUCGUUUUAACUGUGUGUCCGUCUCUUCUGGACAAAAGCACAGCAACUGUUUCCAUCCGUCCUCCUUCUCUGUCUAGAUGUGUGCAGCAGAAUCAACCACUGGGCACUUUAGGGUGACAUUUUACUUGAAGACUUGCUUAUUAAUCAGCGAUGCCUCAUUUAUAAGCACCAUGUAAAACAGGGGUGUCAAACUCAAGGCCCGGGGGCCAAAUCCGGCCCGCGACUUCAUUUCAUGUGGCCCCACAAGAGCUUGCAAAGAAUAUAAUAUGUUUGUAAUAUGGUUACAGAAGCACGUUGCCCAUAAACUACAUGUCCCACAAUGCAUCUACAAUUUGAAUUUUUUUCUUCUAAAUAUGCAUUUUUUCUCAGAAUUGAAUUUUUUUUCAAAAUGUCUUUUAAAAUCAUUUUGUGACGUUCUCACUGAAGAGACUUGCAAUUAUUUGCCCUAGACUUCUGCUUUCAGACGUAGUUAAAUAUGAAGUUAUCCGAUAAUAAUUCAAUGCAGAGGCAAUGAUGUAAUAUAAUACAUUAGUUUAUAUAUAUAUUAAAUAUUUAUGUAUUUUUAUAUAGUCUUAAAGUUACAACCGGCCCUUUGAGUGCAACCAUAAUGCGAAUGUGGCCCGUGAUGAAAUUGAGUUUGACACCCCUGAUGUAAAAUGUCCCUCCUGCAUUGUUCCAUCAAAUAACAACUUCCAACAGUGUUGUUAUUGUACAUAAAGCAUACGGUAGUUGAAUGAAAUGUUUAUUAGAGCUUCAAGUAAGAUGUUACCCAUGUAAAGAAAAACUGUCUUUCUGGGAAGUCCUUGGAGUCGUUGCUACAGUAGGAGGUUCGAUGUUGCUAUUUACUGUAGUUUACAGCUUGAUAACGAUGCUCAUGAUAUAUUUGACACAUCCACUCUUCAGCUAUACCAAUCAGAUAAUACUAGCGAUAUGUGAAUAUGUAACUAAAGGUGCCACUCCAUGGCCGUUUCUGUUUUCUGAAUGAAUCAGUUAUCAAUGUGUUGUCCUUUGCACUAAUGUGAGGUCCUCCUAAACGUUGCAUUGUAAAACGUACCCUUUACAUGUUAGAAGCCAGGGAUGCUCACUCGUACUCUUUCUUUUUGCCAUCAGUUCAUACUUUAAACCAGGGGUGUCAAACUCAAGGCCCGGGGGCCAAAUCCGGCCCGUGACUUCAUUUCAUGUGGCCCCACAAGGGCUUGCAAAUAAUAUAAUAUGUCUAUUAUAUGGUUACAUGCCGAUUUACAGAAGCACGUUGCCCAUAAACUACAUGUCCCACAAUGCAUCUCAAAUUAGAAUUUUUUCCUCAGAAUUAGACAUUUUUUUCAAAAUGACAAAAUGUUUUUCUUUUACUUUUUUUUUUCA